CUGUUGUUAGAUUCGUAGAGUUCGUUUACAGUAAGAUACAAUGAUGAUACACAAAUAUUAAAAUUGUACUUAUGCAGAUGAACCACAAACAAUAGCAUUAUCGUUAAAACCGAAAUUAAAAUCUCUUCUAGACAACCAUACUUUGAUAAAGAGUGCCGGAAUGUUUUUUAAUAUUGUUUUUGUGUCAGUGAUUAUCACGGUGUGUUUCGCUCUAAACCCAAUUAAGUAUAUUGGCCAAUCCAGAGUGGAGGCAUUCUACCCCAGAGGACUUGCGAUUACUGUGCCAGAUAAUGACUUCGACAUAGUCUUCGUCGAAGGCAGUCUGAACCAGCCUAUCAACCACCUGACCAUCGGCACCCUGAGGUUCUGCAGCAGUCGCCCGCCGAGCAACGACAGCGUCAGUCGCGUCUGGGUCUUCACCGACAACUCAGCCAGGGUUAAAAUUGGCGACGAGGUCAACUACUGGAUCUCCUUCAAGAAGGGAGAGAUUGAACGGAAGACGAUGCUUGAGAAAGUGAUUGUUGACCUACGAAAUCAAGAUGGAACAAGACGUUAUAGCAACCCUAGCACUGUCGAAGCUAGAGAAAAUGAGGUCGAUCCAUACUGCGACCACACAGAGACAGAAAUACAAGGAGAAAUAGUUAAAGAACACAUUUGCAAAGAUGAUUUGAUAUUUAGUGAAGAAUUUGAAGGUCCGUUGAGCAGUUCAAACAGAUGGGUAGUGGAAGAAAUGUUUCCAGAAGGACCAGAUUUUCCGUUUAAUGUCUACCGAGGUGAAGAAAUGGUAACUAUUGAAAACGGAACUCUGAUCAUAAAACCGAAGUUAUUGGACGAAAAUAUAAUUACUGGAGAAUUGGACCUUUCCGAUGUUUUCUCAACAACCCUCACCAGCUGCACCGGUCGACUGGACACGACGGAGUGUCAGCGCGUCGCGUUCGCAGCCAACAUCCUGCCCCCCGUGGCGUCAGGCAAGGUGUCGUCUAGACGCCGCUUCAACUUCAAGUAUGGAAAGGUUGAAGUGCGAGCGAAGCUGCCUGUUGGGGACUGGCUGGUACCUGAAAUCAACCUGGAGCCUCGUCACAACGUAUACGGUGACGGUAACUACGCAUCCGGCAUCAUCCGGAUAGCCUUUGUGCGAGGGAACCCAGGGAUGGGCAGAAGCCUCUACGGAGGACCCAUCCUGUCCAGCAAGGAACCCAUCAGGUCCAAGUUCUUGAAGGAAAAGGUUGGCGGCGAAGAGUGGAACAAGGAGUUUCAUAACUACAGCAUGAUUUGGAAAAGAGAUGGCAUAACGCUAGCAGUGGACGGGGUGACCUACGGCGUCGUCCCAGCCGGCAGUUUCCUGCAGCUCGAGGGAGAGGUGUCUCACGCUAGGAGAUGGGCGUCGGGCAGCGCCAUGGCUCCUUUAGACCAGAUGUUCCACCUAACCCUGGGCAUACGCGCGGGCGGGGCGGGCGACUUCCCUGACUCUGGACCGAAGCCCUACCGCGACGGGGACAGCAAGGCGGCGCUCCAGUACUGGGCGGCGCGGGACCGGUGGCUCCCCUCCUGGGGAGAUGCGAGGCUGAUGGUGGACUAUUUCCACCUAACCCUGGGCAUACGCGCGGGCGGGUCUGGCGACUUCCCUGACUCUGGACCGAAGCCCUACCGCGACGGGGACAGCAAGGCGGCGCUCCAGUACUGGGCGGCGCGGGACCGGUGGCUCCCCUCUUGGGGAGAUGCGAGGCUGAUGGUGGAUUAUUCCCACCUAACCCUGGGCAUACGCGCGGGCGGGGCCGGCGACUUCCCUGACUCUGGACCGAAGCCCUACCGCGACGGGGACAGCAAGGCGGCGCUCCAGUACUGGGCGGCGCGGGACCGGUGGCUCCCCUCCUGGGGAGAUGCGAGGCUGAUGGUGGAUUAUGUGCGGGUUUACGCUGUGUGAUAGAGUGAAAGUCUAUGUCAAAUGCUUCGUAUAAUAAAUAAC